AGCGCACAGAGGAGGAGGAGGAGGAGGAGGAUGGCGAUGGGCUCCCGGCGAGAGAUCUGCGGCUGAGCCGGCCGCAUUUGCUCGGCGGGGCGAGGGGACCGGACAGUCAGGCAAAGAUUGGAAAGAUGAACCCUUAGGUGAGACAAGCCAAAGCGUAAACACCUGGAGGAAGAGAGGAAGCAGACUUUGAAGAAGAGGAAGAUGAGUUCGUGCGCCAACCCGUGCGGGCCCAAGCCCGGCCCGAGCGGGCCCGAGGGAAGCUACCCGCGCUACGGGGUCCGGUCCUACCUGCACCAGUUCUACGAGGACUGCACGGCGUCCAUCUGGGAGCCCGAGGACGACUUCCAGAUCCAGCCGUCGCCCAACCGGUGGAACUCCGCUCUGUGGAAGGUCGGACUCAUCUCCGGGAUGGUCUUCAUGGCCACCGGUCUGACGGUCCUCGCCGUGGGCUUCCUCGUGCCCGCCAAGAUCGAGGCCUUCGGCGAAGCGGACUUCGUGGUGGUGGACCCGCAGGCGAUCCAGUUCAAUGGGGCCCUGGACGCCUGCAAGCUGGCGGGAGCCAUCCUGUUCUGCCUGGGCGGGUCGGCCAUGGCCGCGGGCCUCCUCACGUCCGCCUUCGCCAAGAACUACUCCAAAGAAGAAAAGUUCCUUCAGCAGAAGUUCAAGGAGAGAAUAGCAGACGUUAAAGCGCACGGCCAGCCCGCCACCAGGGCUCCGGGCCCGGGGGAGGCCAAGAUCCCUGUCACUUUGUCCAAAGUCCAAAACGUCCAGCCUUCCUCCGAGACCUGACAUUCCUCCCUCUCCCCCCCGUCCCGCCGACACCCGGGCAUCAGUCAAGCGUGGAAGGUCCCCUUCCCCUCCAUAAUGAGGAUCGGGUUAUUGGGGCACCAGGGGAGGAGGCAGGGCGGGAAGGGGGGCUGACAGGGAGCCAGAACCCUUUGGCUGGAUCGGCUCUAACCUGUUAGCAAGAAAAAGUAGUGGGCUCACGUUGCCCCCCACCCUGUGCGUCUUGCUGUGCUGAUGUGGAAUCCCCCUCCGAAGCCAACGCUGAGGCACAGUGAUCCCUCGCCCUCCUCUGAGUAUCUGGGGAUCGUGGUGAAGGGAAAGGAAGAGAUCCUCAAGCUCUCCUCUGAUCCCAGAAACCGGGCACAGUCUCCUCUCUUCCUGCCCUCCUCCCCAUCUUUCCUGCUUGGUAACGUUUCCAACGUCAGUCCUAUUAUGAGAUAGUGUCGUGUGCCUCCAUGGAAAAACCGAUCUCCUUAAUCAGUUCCAGGCCUCUGCCUCGUCACUAUAUCCUGGGGCUCUUCCUCUAACCCCCGCCCCACCUGGUCCCCCCCGACUUUUCACGCAAGAUUUCUGAAAUUCAAAGUCAAGAGUCUUAAAAUGAAGCAUUUCCACUACGGCUCCGAGCGCGUCUCCUUCCACGCGCUUCCUGUUUCCGCUCACUUCCUAUUUUCUGUCCUCCUCCAUUACGACGGGCUGCCCGGUAGAGUUUGUUGUGUCCCGGUCACUUCAAAGCCCCAGAUUGCUGUUUUAAAUGAGAUUUAUUGACCCAAAACCAGCCUUCUAGAAACCAACCCGCUCCCAACUAAAGACGCUUCGGUACUACUUCUGUGAUAUUUUUGUAGAUCGCCGAGAAAGCCCUGCCCUUCGGCUGAGAGAGGAUUUCUUUCCCAGUGAUGGAUCUUAUUCCCCUCCAGAGCCGUUGUCUCAUCUCUCUGCACUUUAAAUUAAUCUGUGGGUUUGAAUUAGGCUGCUAAAAGGAAGGUGCAAGGUCUCGUCUUCUCCCCAAAUCCGGGCCCUACCCCCACGUGGGGGUCUGUCUAUUUUUUUGAUGGAAUAAAGAGAGUCGAGUCGAAA